CUCCCGCUGGGUCGGAGCUCCAGAGGAGUUGCUUUUGUCUGUCCUCCACUUUUCCCGGGCAGUCCAGACGGAGACCAGCUCCCCCAUGGCCGACUCUCUCCUCAACCAUUCUUGGCCAUCCUUCUCUAGGCGGUGGAUGAAGAGAUGGUCCUUCAAGCGAGGGUCAGAGGGCAAGCAAACCACACGAGGUUUCCCCAGCAGUCGCACUGACCCCACCUCAGGGUAUAACAGCCCAAACACUUUGUCUCCGUCCUUGAUUGCCGAGGAUGAGGUCUUCUUUGGCAGCAUGACAGAGGAGAGGGAAGAUGCCUCUUCUCCAGAACAGGACACACAUCCAUGUACUGUCAACAGCAGCACAGAAGAUCUCCUCUCCAUAGACCCUGCUCUCCAGGGAUCAGAGUAUUAUAAGGAUCUGGAAUUUGCUGGACCUACAGAGACGGGGAGUCACAUAGCAUUGCAACUUGACUGGACAUCACAAGAAACGCCUGGUUUUUGCUCAUCAGCAAAGAACUCCAGGGGCUGUGAGGAGACACUCACCUGUAUUCGGAGUCCGGAUGCAGCUCCCAGUUUUGAGAUGGCACAUCACUAUCUGGAUGAGGUCUGUGCUUGUUCGUGCAGUUCUGGGAACCAGGGAUGCUCUGUUGAAGGAGAGCAGGAACAGCUACUGCAUGGUGAGGAAGCCUUUCCAGUCUUGGUCAGGUCUAUGUCUACCUCACGGCGGCAUAGCUGGGAAACUCCUCAGUCUCCAACAGAUGCCCAGCGUAGGUUCAGCCUGGAUGCAUCAGAGCUAGGGAGUGACACAGAAAGGGAGGAAGAAAAGGAGAAGAGCCUUCCUAAUUUCUCCCCACCUCUGUCCUGGGCAGGGCUAGAAACCUGGAGUGGUGGCAAUGUGAUCAAAGUGGAGGCUGAGCCUUUGCGCCAAAACCUGGACCUUGUGGAAAAGCCUGGGAAUGUGGAUAUUGACAACAGUGGGAAGCAGCUGAGGUCCACUUCUGUCCCAUGUUCCUGUGGCAGCGUCCCCUCUCAACAUAUAUCCCAAAACCUGGAGGUCUCACUUCCAAUCUCAGUGGGGAUUGUGCCACCUGUGUUGGACAUGAUUCAAAAGGACCAUGUAGCCCCAGAACAAGUGCUAAUGGUUCAGGAGGUGCUGAAGGAGCUGGCACAGUAUCAUGGUGCUAAGCAGGUGCUGUGCACACCUGAAGGUAAAAGUGAAGCCCAGCAAAACCUGACCUGGUUUGAAUUCCUGUCUAAUGAGAGUGAAGAGAGUCCAAGGAAUGACAAAACUGAGAAGGGCACUAAGGUGAAACGCCGGCUGAGCAAUCUGCGCAACCGUGUCACUGGCUCAUGGCAAAAGGAGAAGGGUAAGAAUAAAGAUCGGGAGAAGGAAGCUCUGGAGGCAAAGGAACGAACACAGGCAUUGCAUGGGCAUGAACUAGCACUAGGCGUCUUCUCUAAUGGCACCUGUUGCUCUCUCUGUGGCAAAAUCCUGCUGAACAAAACAGGGCUACAAUGCUUGAAUUGUGCAGUAAAUGUUCACAAAAACUGCAAGAAUCUUCUGCCUGAAUGCAGCAGCAGCAGAUCCAAGCAAAGGGAUUUGCAACUCCGGCCCCCAGGCUCCCUCCCUAGUUUACUCCAGAGUGCCUGUCCAGCCACCUCUCUCAAGGAGCACUCCUGCAGGGCCCUCCUGGGCCCAGAUGGCAACACCCCUGGCUUGCCCCAGAACCUCGGCAUGACAAUUGCCCAGAGGGGAAGUUUGCCGUCUCAGCUAAGCACCACCUCUGCUGGGGCUGUUGGUAAGCUUGGACUCACUGGGGGAGAGAUGGAUGAAGGGGAUUCUGGCUUCAUGAAAUUCAAAACAGCCUCUGAAGAUGUUGUCUCCCUGGCACCAUCAACCACGGAAUCAGUUUUUGUGGAAGAUGUCCAGUUCGCCUCCUUGCGGAAUGAACUGGAGACAGAUGCUCGGGAGUUUGCGGCUCAGUCUUGGAGUCUGGCAGUAGAGCAGUCAUAUGUGAAGAAGCAGGACCGGGAUGUUAUUAAAAGGCAAGAUGUCAUAUAUGAGUUGAUGAGGACAGAGAUGCACCACGUCAGGACACUGAAGAUCAUGUUGAAGGUCUACUCGCAGGCCAUGCGAGAGGAGCUACAGUACAGCAAUUCUGACAUCCACCGUCUUUUCCCAUGUGUGGAUGAAUUACUGGAGCUCCACAGAGCCUUCCUCUUCCAGCUGAAGGAGCGCCGGAAGGAGGGUCUAGAAGAAGGUAGUGAGCACAACUACAUCAUCCAGAACAUUGGGGAUGUCCUGGUGCAGCAGUUUUCAGGAAAAACAGGAGAUAAAUUGAAGGAGAAAUACGGCGUUUUCUGUGGCAGCCACAGCGAUGCUGUGAGCUACUAUAAAGAGCUGAUGCAGCAAAGCAAGAAGUUCCAAAACUUGAUUAAGAAAAUCAGCAAUGCUUCCAUUGUGAGACGGCUUGGUAUCCAGGAGUGCAACCUUUUAGUCACCCAGCGCAUCAUGAAGUAUCCUGUCCUGGUGGAGCGCAUCAUUCAGAACACAGAAGCCAGCACAAAGGAGUAUGAAGACCUGACCAAGGCAUUGUCACUCAUCAAGGAUGCCAUCACAGCUGUUGACACCAAGGUGAAUGAGUAUGAGAAAGGGCAGCGCCUCCGGGAAAUUGUGACCAAGAUGGAACUCAAGUCCUCUGGGAAGUUUAAGAAUGGCCUUAUUUUCCGGAAGGAGGAUAUGCUUCAGCGGCGCAUCCUACUGGAUGGGAUGCUGUACUGGAAAGCUGCUUCUGGGCGCCUGAAAGAUAUUCUGGCGGUUCUGCUGACAGAUGUGCUUUUGCUGCUGCAAGAGAAAGACCAGAAAUACAUGUUUGCAUCUAUGGAUUCAAAGCCACCAGUGAUUUCCUUGCAAAAGCUGAUAGUCCGAGAAGUGGCCAACGAGGAGCGAGCCAUGUUCUUAAUCAGUGCUUCCAUGAAAGGACCAGAGAUGUAUGAGAUUCACACCAACUCCAAGGAGGACAGGAAUUUCUGGAUGACACAAAUCCGCAGGGCAGUAGAGAGUUGUCCUGAUGAAGAAGAUAGUGUCCUUGCUGAUCCAGAAGAGGAGAAAAAGCAGGCUGAAGUGAGAAUUGCAAAGCUGAAGGAAUUUCAAGAGCGUCUGAACAUGAAAGAUGAUCUGAUUGUGCAAAGUCUAAAUGAGAAGCAGCAGAUCUACCAGAAGAUGGCAGAUAUGAAUGGUUUUGAGGACCUGGCUGCUGGCUCCCGCUUCCGGUUAAUCAACAGAGUGGAUUCCCCGGAGAACCUGCAGGGAGAGUCCAUCCUCAAGCAAGCAGUGAUAGAAGUGGAGAGCCUUCAGAACCUGAUCCUCUCCCAGCUGGGCAGUGCAAGCUCUCGUCCUGAAGAUUCCAGUGGGUCUGGGCUGUUGAGGCGAGCUGAGACUUUUGGGGGAUAUGACAGCGCCAUGACAGGUCUGUCCAAAACUGGUAGCUUCAAGAAGAAAGCCUGUGGUGUAGAGCAGUGGGUGCCAGAUCAGCGAGGCCUCCUGGCCCACUCAGAGCAGCUGCUCCAAGAGCUCCCUUCUGCUGGAGAGGAAGGGCUGUGCUUGGUCAAUAACACAAGAACGGAGCAUCAUAACAGCUUGCAGCCACUGCUGAGGACUGAAUCACAGCUUGUUCAAAGGAUACAGACACUGUUGCAGUUGCUGCAUAGUCUCCAGGCAGUGACAGCCCAGCAGGACAGCUACAUUGAGUUGCAGAAGCAGUUCCGGCUGCAAUCCACGCGAGGGAAUUUGCUGCUGGAGCAGGAGAGACAGCGCAAUUUCGAGAAGCAGCGGGAAGAACUGGCCAACGUGCAGAAAUUGCAGAGCCAGCUGAAGACUGAGCAGCAGCGCUGGGAACGAGAGUGUGACCGCCAGCGGCGCCAGAUGGAGACAGACAAGAACCAGUUACAGGAGCGAGAGGAGGAGGCACGGCAGCUGAUGGACCGUCUGAACCAAGAACGGGAGGAGCUGGAACAGCAACGAGAGGCCUACCAGCAUGACUUGGAGAGGCUGCGGGAAUCCCAGCGAGCAGUGGAGAAGGAGCGUGAACGUCUGGAACAGUUGCGCAAGCUGAAGCAGCAGCAUGUAGUCUCGGGUGUCUUCUCUCCUGAGACAGGCCAAGCACUUGCCCUGAGCCACUCUGCCAGCUUUAAUGGAGAAGGUAUGGAAGGAACUGUGCUGCUUACAAAGUCAUCUGGACGAGCCAGUGUCUCUGGGAUGGACUACCUGGAGCGAGGAGAAUUGGUCCGAAAGGAUAGUGCUGCACUGGAGGGAGGCCGCCCCAUUCUGGCUCUCAAGAACGAGGUGCCCAUCCACUUGCUGAGUGCCACCAACCAGAUCCAGAAACAGGCAGCUGUGCAGCAGCAAAUCCCCACUAAGCUGGCCAUUUUGACCAAGGGCAGCAAGGAGAAAGGUGGAAAGGCUGUCAAGGUGGCCUCCCACAGGAUUGACAGUUCAGUAUUGGGUGAUGUGAGGCCGCUCCCAGCUUCCAAGAUGGUUACCAAGGAAGAAUCUCAGUCUCGAAACAGACAUUCUAUAAGCCCUGUCUUUCUGCAUAGCCAGAAUGUUGCCUUUCUGCCAGAACUGGCUAGUGCUGCUGAGAGCAGCCAUCCUGAAGCACCAUCUACCUCUGUUGGUCCCAUAAAACCCAACAGCACUCAUGCCCUUUCACCCGCCCUGGAUGACGCUAACAAAGAAGAUGUUAUUUUUUUCUGAUCAGCACCAAGAAGGCCUGCUUCUUUGCUCAAACGGGUGUCAGAAAGCUCUGCCUUGGCCCAACUGCAUAAUCUGAGGGCAGAGCUACAAGAUUUUCCCUGAAAAAUGGUUCAAAUUGAGGAUAUCAUUUUGGGGCUUCAUGUUACAAUCUUGGCUUUGCUUAUGUUGCUCCUUGGACUAGAACAUUACUCUGGCUUUCUUUGGGUUCCAAGGCAAGCUUUCAUAGUAACAUUCUUAUAGUUUCUUGGGGAUGGUAUAUAUGGAUGGUACAAGAACAACCCAAGCACUUUAGAAUAUGGAUGGCAUUUUUAUUUUUAUUUCCCUUCUGUCUUAUUGAUGAACAAAAAAGUUUCUCUGUAGUAAGAAGUGGCUAUAACUUUAUUGAGAAGUCCUCUGCCUCUAGUGGCUUACGUCUAAAAAGCUCAUUUUGUGCUUUACUUCUCUGUGUGACUAUGUCAGCCUGAAGCUUCUUCAACAGAUUUUAAGUUGGAGUCGCAGCAGCUAUCUCUUUAGACAAAAUCCUAGCAACUUUGUAAAUAGACCCCCCCUUAGUAGUUAUUACAUAGCAGUCAUUCUUUGUAACUCUCCUUUUUAAUUUUAUUUGUAAAGUUGAUGGUUUUCAGUGUUUUAAUAUUUUUUGUCAAAUUUGUGCACUACUGUAAUGACCAAAUGGGAUCCUGGCACACCAAAUGAUGGCUAUUUUUAAAUCAAUGAUUGCAACUGUUCCUCUACUGUAGGAUAACUCUGGAAUCUCAGAUGCAACCGAAACCUGAACCUGUUUGAGUCAAUUAAUCCAUAAAAUCAUAAAUCAUAAAAUGAACCUUAACGUAUGUCCAA